AUGACUACGACCUCCGAAAUGCAAACAGUGCGACGCCUAGGUCUAUUAGAGGCUGGCUCGGCUGCUUUUCACCUCAUGGGUUUAUAUCGCUCAGUGGUAGUAUCUGCGACGUACAGUAUUCCCUCACGCGAGCAGUCUAAAGAAGCCAUGCUCGCAGCUCUGGGGGGUUUGAUCAAUGAUAACCCUAUGCUGCGUGUUGGCAUCAAAGAUGAGGGUAGCACUAUCGCCUACUUUACUCACAUUUCCGAGAUGAAGCUCAAGGACUUUGUCGAGUUCCGCACUUCUGCUUCUGAUCUUGACUUUAGUAAAGAUUUGAAACAUCUGCACUGCUGGUGCCAUGAUCAAAUUUUCCAGGAUGUUGAGACGAGGCCACCAUGGAGGGUGUUUGUUCUUCGACCAGACGGGGAAUCUCCUGCUUUUGAGGCUGUUGUUUUUGCCUUUCACCAUUCUCUUAUGGAUGGGAUGGGAGGGAGAUUGUUCCAUGAGAAACUACUCACAAAGCUGAACUCGUUGCCUCCCAACCCAUCGCCGCCAGCGGUCCUAUCCUUUCCAGAGUGCCCCGUGCUGCCUGAACCGCAAGACAAUGUCAUCGACUAUACAACCACUCUGUCUCGCCGAUUCUCAGGCCUGUUGAAUUGGAUGCGACCUUCUUUUUUUACACCUACUCACGAAAUUUGGUCUGCUGAACCCGUCGAAUUCAGUCGUCCUCACAAGACUCGGUUGGCUGUCGUGGAUAUUCCUCCCGAUGUGAUGAAGAGUGUCCUCGCGGCGACUCGUUCCUAUAGAACAUCUCUUACAGGCCUGUUGCACGCUCUUGCACUAGCAUCACUAUCUCGACGUGUUCCCGACGCACCGGGUUUUACGUCUUCAACACCUAUAAGCAUGCGUCCGUACAUAUCUCCCACGGCUGACCCUGCUCAGAAAGAGGCCCUGUUUGGAUGUGUGACUGGUACAGCACACGAACACCUUUCUGCGGAACUUGCUGCUCUCCGAAGCGCACAAGGCGAGGCACUUGAUGAUCUAGUCUGGUCACACGCACGAAAGAUAAAAGAGGAGCUCAAACAAAAGACAUCUACUCUACCAGCCACCGAUGGCCUCAAAGCACUCCGCAGUAUUAAAGACUGGACUGAGUUCUUGAUUGAAAGAGACGGAAGCAAGCGCAGAAGGACCUGGGAAGUCAGCAAUCUCGGUAUGCUGACAGAACCUGCCGAGAAUGGACCUGACAAGAGGACCAUAUUGCAUGCAAUGUUUACGAACGGGCCUAUGAUCUCAAGCGAUCCGAUGAGCAUUAGCGUUGUAAGCGUUAAGAAUGGGAUGCUGACUUUGGGAAUAACGUGGAAUGAUAGUAGUGUGGAUGAAAAGCUUAUGGAGGGUUUGAGGGGAGAUUUGGAGUCUUCCCUGAAGCAAUUACAUGAGGAGGGAGACUUGUGCAUGCACUGGCUGUAUGAAGAGGACUCUGAGGAUGAGGCUUAA